AUGGCCGACCUCGCCGACGUUCACGAGCUCAAACAGCGCUCGUCGACCUCGGAUUCGCUCGACAAGGAGAAGUUCUCUGACGGCGCCUCUGUGACCGAGAAGGUCGCUAUCGACGCCGAUGUCGACGAUGUUUCUGAGGAGGUCAUCGAGAAGGCCGAGGACGUCGCUGUGGCGAUUCUCUCCGCUGAGGAUGACCCAGACCUCCCCGUGUGCACAUUCCGGUCUAUCUUCUUGGGUAUCGGCUUGAGCGCCUUCACGUCUGUGUUGGCCACGAUCUACACGUUCAAGCCGCAAAACGCAUCCGUCUCGCAGCUGUUCUGUUUGAUUAUCGCAUAUGUACUUGGCACUGGCAUGCACUCUAUCAUGCCCAGCUCUGGAUGGUGGCGUUAUCUCAACCCUGGUCCGUUCAACAUCAAGGAGCACACCGUUAUCGUUAUCAUGUCCUCCACGGCCUCUACCGUCGCCAUUGCGAUGGAGAUCAUCGCCGCACUCGAUCUCUUCUAUGACAUCCAGUUGAAUGCGGCUGUGGGUAUCUUCCAGAUCUUUGCCUCGCAGAUGAUCGGGUACGGCAUUGCGGGACUGCUCCGCAACUUGCUUGUAUAUCCCACAUACGCCUUCUACCCGACCUACAUCUCCGUCGUCAACUUGCUCCAGUCGCUGCACUUCGGCGGUCUUCUCAACCACAAGAAGCGUCGCUACUUCUGGAUUGUGUUUGCGGCGAUCUUCUGCUGGGAGUGGAUCCCCCAAUACCCCUUCCCGCUCCUUACGGCGUUCUCAGUCAUCUGCUUGGCCAGCAAUGGUCGCGGUCCUUCCAUCAUCCGCAACCUGUUCGGUGCCGGGUCGUCUAACGAGGGAAUCGGUCUCUUGUCGUUCAGCACGUCGUGGACGCUCAUUACCCAGGGAUACCCCUUAGUAUGGCCCUGGCGCACACAGCUCAACUCGUACAUCGGCAUGGUGUUCGGUUACAUCGUUCUCACGUCGGCGUACUACAGCAACCUGUACGAUGGAAAAGACAUCCUCUGGAUGUCCACGUCGCUCUUCAACAGCAACGGCUCGACCUACGACCAGGACGCCGUUCUUACGCCCGAGUACACACUCAACGAGACUGCUAUCGCGACCGUGGGCCUGCCGCGCUACACGACCACAUAUGUCAUCUCCCAGAUGACCUACAACUUGUCUUUGGGAGCCGCCAUCACGCACGUCUUCCUCUAUAACUGGAAGGACCUGAAGGCUGCGUUCGGUAGCGUGAGAGAGUUGCUCACGAACAAGACGGACAUCGAUGACCCCCACUACAAAGCUAUGCUCAAGUACAAGGAGGUGCCGAUGUGGUGGUACAUUACGCUCUUUGUGAUCUCCCUGGCUGUCGGUAUCGGCUGCAGCUACGCCGUCAAGGGCCUCGUUCUCAUGCCCGCGUGGUCCAUCAUCGUCUUCACGCUCAUGUCGGCCUUCUUCUCCAUCUUCUUGGGCUUCAUCACGGCGACUACCGGCUUUAACAUCUCCAUCAAGUAUGCCAUCCAGGUCAUCGCAUCGUUCAUUCACCCGGGUCAGCCCAUCCCUGUCAUGUACGCCAACUUGUACGGCAACUCGACGACGUGGCAAGUUCUCUACAUGCUGCAGGAUUUGAAGCUCGGCCAGUACACCAAGAUCCCGCCUCGUUGGACGUUCGCAGCGCAGAUGGCAGGCUCUAUCGUCGGCUCGAUCUUCAACUACACGAUGAUGAAGUCUAUCGUCACGACCAACCGCGCUGUUCUCCAGGACCCCACCGGAACGCGUCUCUGGUCUGGUUGGAUCAUCCAGCAGUACAACUCGGCCUCGAUUGCCAUGGGUGCGCUUGGCAAGGAGCUCUUCACCUACGGUAACGCCUACUGGCUCAUUCCCUUCGCCAUCUUCAUCGGCUUCUUCAUCCCCAUCCCCUUCUGGCUCGCAAGCCGCUUCGGCAAGCCCGGCAGCUUGAUCAAGCGCACCGGUGACUUCGUCCACACGUCCGUCAUCCUGCUCUAUAUCGGCUACCUGCCCUACUCGGUCAACGGCCAGUGGUGGUCGUGCUUCGUCAUCGGUUUGGCGUCGCAGUGGUGGGCACGCCAGUACCGCCCGAAGUGGUUCAAGAAGUACAACUACCUCACAUCCGCCGCGCUCGACGGUGGAUCACAAGUCAUCAUCUUCAUUCUCAGCUUCGCUGUAUUCGGUGCAAGCGGGAAGGCCGUCGACUUCCCCUACUGGUGGGGCAACCCCGACCCGGCUGUUCUCUCCGUCGACCGCUGCGCGCCUACAUAG